AUGACGCUGUGCUCUGUUUUUAAUUGUAAUGAAAGAAGUGAAAAGCAAUCGUCAUCUGGAGUUCAUUUUCAUAUGUUUCCAUGUCAUUCAAAAUCACCUACUAGGUUUCGAAGUUGGGUCAAUUAUUGUAAACGAAAAAACUUUAACCCCGGUUAUAGCGCGAGAAUUUGUUCAAAGCAUUUUAAGUCUGAAGACUAUAACCAGUCAGAUUUAUUACGACAACAAUUAAUGCCCAAUAUAAAAGUCAAAGUAAAACUUAACACAAAUGCUGUUCCUACGGUUCCUCAAAAUAUACCCUGCUCUACUUCAAAUUCUUCAAAUUUAUCCGAACGAGAAAAAAGAAAAAGAAAAAAGAAAAAAAAAGAAAUUAUAUCUUCUAUAAUGACAAGUACACCAAAAAAGUUAAAGCUUAGUGGAAUAGCUGGUUGUGUGACACACAAUGUUUUAUUCAACAAACUAGUUUUAGACAAAGAUGUUUUAAAUAUUUCUCGUCAUAAAAUGAUUUUAAAGUCUAAAAAAAAACAGAAAAAAAAAGUUUUGUGUAAAAGUGAACCACAAAAUAAAGUCUGGUGA